AUGACCGCGGAAUGCUACGGGCUUUGGGAUAACGACCGAAUCGCUACAAAGAAGUCUACUAGGCAAGCCGACCAACCAGCCAAACAGGAAUAUCAGAUAUGCGACAGAUUCAGCAACAAGAAUAGUGCCAAGCCCAAGUCCCAAGAAGACACUUGGGAUGAGGAUGAUGAAAACCCAAAAUUUGAGGUUCAACUCUUAGAUGUUUAG